UCAUCUUCCGGGUGGAUUUCCGGUCACAGAGAAUCGAAGAUGGCGACUCACAUGUCGAAGUGUAGAACCUGGAGUCGUGUUCAAAGGUUUGGGAUCGCAGCUUAUAGAAAGUACAGCAGUGGCAGCGGAUACCCAAAUAUCUCCCUCUCUACACCGCUGCCUGGGAUCCCCAAGCCUGUGUUUGCAUCUGUGGAUGGUCAGGAAAAAUAUGAGACCAAGAUCACAACUCUAGAAAAUGGUCUCAAGGUUGCUUCCCAAAACAAGUUUGGUCAAUUCUGCACAGUUGGAAUUUUAGUAAACUCUGGAUCCAGACAUGAAGCAAAAUACCCAAGUGGAAUAGCACAUUUCUUAGAGAAACUAGCCUUUUCUUCCACGGCUCAGUACGGGAGUAAAGAUGAAAUCCUGCUCACGUUGGAAAAGCACGGAGGGAUAUGUGACUGCCAAACAUCAAGAGAUACCACCAUGUAUGCAGUUUCUGCUGAAGUGAAGGGCCUGGACACAGUGGUCAGUCUUCUUUCCGAUGCUGUACUACAGCCUCGCCUACUGGACGAAGAGAUUGAGAUGACCAGAAUGGUGGUUCGCUUCGAGUUAGAAGACUUAAACAUGAGGCCAGACCCUGAACCCUUACUCACAGAGAUGAUCCACGCUGCAGCGUAUCGAGGCAACACAGUCGGACUGCCUCGCUUUUGUCCUGCAGAUAAUGUGGAGAAGAUCGACAAGAAAGUGCUUCACAGCUACCUGCGUAACUACUACUGUCCUGAGCGGAUGGUGCUGGCUGGAGUGGGCAUUGAGCAUGAGCAACUGGUUGAAUGUGCCAGGAAAUACCUGUUGAAUGUGAAGCCAGUGUGGGGAACAAGCACUGUGGCCAACGUCGACCUUUCUGUAGCACAGUACACUGGUGGAAUAGUCAAGAUGGAGAAGGAUAUGUCGGAUGUGAGCCUUGGCCCCACCCCGAUCCCAGAGCUCACCCACAUCAUGAUCGGCCUGGAGAGCUGCUCCUUCUUGGAGGAGGACUUCAUCCCAUUCGCAGUGCUCAACAUGAUGAUGGGUGGAGGAGGCUCUUUCUCUGCAGGAGGGCCCGGGAAAGGCAUGUUCACCCGCCUGUACCUGAACGUGCUCAACAGGCAUCAUUGGAUGUACAACGCCACCUCCUACCAUCAUAGUUACGAGGACAGCGGCCUGCUGUGUAUCCACGCUAGUGCAGACCCCAGACAGGUGCGGGAAAUGGUGGAAAUAAUAACCAGAGAGUUCAUUCAGAUGGCUGGAAACGCAGGAGAGAUGGAGCUAGAGAGAGCCAAAACUCAGCUCAAGUCCAUGUUGAUGAUGAACCUUGAGUCACGGCCGGUUAUUUUUGAAGACGUUGGUCGUCAGGUUCUCUCCACAGGAAAGAGAAAGCUGCCACAUGAACUGUGUGAGCUAAUAAGCAACGUGACAGCCAGUGAUAUUAAACGGGUGACCACCAAGAUGCUGCGCAGUAAGCCUGCAGUCGCAGCUCUGGGAGACCUGACGGAGCUGCCCUCAUACGAACACAUCCAGGCUGCCCUGUCCAGUAAAGAUGGACGUUUGCCCCGCAUGUAUCGUCUCUUCCGAUAGACCCCCACCCCCGCAGUCGCCAUUCAGCCUGUCUGACCUGGCAAGUAUCACUGUAAAUAAACUGGACUGGAAGAUUACACUAGUUUUCCCUCCCAGCACAGACCUCGGCACAGCCCACUGAGGGAGGGGGCUGAUCCCCGGACUCUCAGCCGAACCUUUGAGACAGGGGAUUUUAAAGAAAAGUUCAAUUUUACUCUAAAGUUGUCUACGUAUGGUUGGAGUAUAUGUAUUUAUUGUCUGUGGGCAGGAAGCCAUACAACAUUAUUUACUAAUGGUGUUUGGAGGAGUUUGGUUUUAAAGGGACAGUUCACCCUAAGGCCAAAGUUUAAGUGUUAAUUUCCCAUGUAAAAACCUCAGUACCAACCUGAUAUGUUUUUACAUGGGGAAAUGAGAGUAAAUCAGGUUAGAGGCAAGAGAAAAUGAGUGGUUAAACAUCCCUCAACACUGUUACUUUUUAUUGAGCCAUUAUUCUCCUCAGUUUUCAGAUUAUCUGCUCUUUAAAAUUCACAGAGCUCCACCUUAGACUGUCUCUUUUUUCCCCAGAGAAAAUGUAUAAAAACUAUGAAAAACCUUACUAUUUAUACAACAGCACUUCAUAAUCUCCCUUUAAAGGCACAGGAGACACAAUUCACAGCAAUAGUUAACAGAUUAAUAAUAAAGAAAUUAUAUAUAUAUUUUGUGUUGGUAAACUUCAUUAAACAUUAAGGGGUUAAAUUAAUGGAAUAGUUUUACAUUGGUAAAUUAUUCACUUUCUGGUGGCAGAUCGAUUCUCAGUGUCGAUACUACUGAUCCAAAGUCUUGUUUUGAGUCUUAAUACUAGUGUCAAUAAGUUCAGAGAAUUCACAUUAUGAAUAUUUCUUAUGUGCAGGAUCUUUUGUUUUUAGGUAAUUUACAGAGAAUUGUGAAAUAACUCUUCACAGUCAUGACAUUCUCUGCCUUACAUCCAGUCACAUCACUUUUCAACGACAAAAGGUAUUGAUACUGUGAUCAUGAUCCUGGCCCUGGUGUCACUUGGUAUCAAUCCUCUUGACUAGCUUCCCACUGAAAAAUGAAUAAGUACACAUCCAAAUGUUUAACUAUUACUUUCAGAGAGGUGUCCCCCUGCCCCCGCCUCAUCUCUGUACAUUUAGAGCAGUAAGUGUGUUUUGCUUUUAUUUCAGUGGCUUCAAUGUGACCUCUGUUAACAUCUGUACACCAACUAGUAAAUAAAUGUAAUUACUUCCAUGAAUAAAAAUAUAUAUUUUAAAGGUU